AGAAAACACUCAGGAGACUUGACGCAAAGGACCAAGAUGUCAGCAAAUGCGACUUCGCCAUGGGCCACGGCCAGCAUCGAGAAACUGUACGGCGGUAAUCGCGACUUGUGGGCUUUCAAAGUCCGAAUUCUGAUUACGACCGGCCAGUGGGGCUACGUGACCGGGAUGGUCAGUAAGCCCCUGAUCGAAGACGGCGCCGUCACUGAAUAUGGGUGCAGACAGGAGGAGGCCUUGGCGACACUGACGCUUGGCAUUGAUGACAAGAUCGCCGGCUCAAUCCGCAUGGUGAAGGCAGCUAAAGAGCUAUGGACCACGUUAGAAGCAGAGUACCAGCCGAAGAAGGGAGUCGCCCUCUUUCUCCCCAAGAGAGACUUUUGGACCGUCAAGAAGUUUAUCUUGACUGUUGAAGCCAAUUCCCAGUAUAAAAAAUGCUUCCUAACAGAACACCCAGAAUCUCUCCGUGGGUCCGCCGUGCGCUGCUAACAAGUGAUUUGGUGGAUCUCCAGACUGAAGGCGAGAAACAAAGCGCUGUCUGGUGGACAUCAUGGCCAAUAGCGCCAAAAGGCUUUGAAAUGUGCAAGGUGCAUGCCAGAGGAAAAAGACAGCCAAUCAUCGAGGAUGCCAUAUGCAAG